AUUAGAAGUCACACUGGAGGUCAAUGGCGUAAAAUCCCAUUUCACAUGAAUGCAGCAUAUUUGCAUGCAGGCUUCAUCAUCUGAUUGGCUGCACCUGUCACUGCUGCACCUGAUUAAAGCCACACUAGCAGCAGGUGUGUAGUCAGAGUGGGUGACUCACUUUGGGACUUGUAAUGGGGGUGUUACAGUUGUUUCUGUGCCUUGUUAUUCUUGGACACUUUAUUGUUGUUCCAGCAUUGAAUGAAGAGCAAAAUAAUUUAUUUUCCUCAGAUUUUCCAGGAUUUUGGGACAAUGUUCUGGGUUUUCCAAUUAGAAGAUCCUUCGAUUUUUCUAAUGAUGGUGUUUUUAGCACUUGGCGAACCCAGGUACCUGACGGCAGCAUGCUGGCGACGUUGCCUCUGUAUGUGAAUGUUCCCACUGUGCAGGUGUCCUGUGAUGAGUUUCGUUUAAACGUGUUGGUCAGUAAGAGACUCGGCGCUGUCACGCUGAGGGAAGAGGAGCUGCAGCUGGGCAACGGUUGCUCCAGCAACAAACAGUUUCCAAACCACUUUGUCUUUACGUAUAAUCUGGAUCAGUGUGGAACUACUCUUGUGGUACAGAAAGGAUUAGAGGUGUAUGUCAACUCUCUCCACUUCAGUCCAAGGAGACCCGUCAACUCCUGGUGGCCAACUCCUUUCAUGGUCCACAUCUCCUGCAUGCCGAUGAGGUGCUUCUCAGUUACCCAACCAUGUAUGUGUUUAAAGGUCAAUGCUAAAGGUGGGGGGGUCCUGUCUCAUCAGGUCUGAGAACCUGAUCCCGAUGGUCCUCCCUGAACACAGCAGGAGUUUCACCAUCGAAGUCAUGAACCGUGAGUCAUAACGUGGGUCAGGAUGGUUUUUAAUUCAGUUUGAAGUGGUGUGUGUGUGUGAAACUCUGUCCUUCUGCAGAGUCCAACACCUAUGAAAGAGGCCAGAUGGUCAAUCUUCAAGUUUCUGCAAAAACCACAGAUGACGAAGAGCUUUUUAUCCAAUCCUGUUUCGUCUCAGCGUCCCCAAAGCCUCAGGCCAGACCGAGACAUGCAGUUAUAAUAAAUAAAGGGUAAGUGGAUAAA